UUAAGGAAAUGUCAAUUAGAAUAAUAAUUUGACUAAUUUACCUUAUUUAUUAUUUGAUCUCCAUUUAAUACUUAUUUUUUCUUUUACGAUAUUAAUCUCUUUUCACAUUUAUUAGAGUAAGGAAAAAAUGAAAAUGUAAUUAAAUUCUAUCUUAUUUUAAUAUAUAAGCAUUUUAAGUAUGUUGUGCAAUAAUUUCAUUUGCUCCCACUAAUGGGUUGAUACGCAUGUGGCAAUGAAUCCAUCAUUAUUGAUUUAAUGAGAUGCUUUGGAAAUCACAUGAAUAUUGUUUGAUUUUUUAAUAUGGGAUGCACUUUUUUUUGGACAUUAUUUAUUUUUUUAAUAUGGGAUUCACUUUUUUUUUAAUAUUGCUUGAUUUUGUUAAUAUGGGAUCCACUUUUUUUUCCCGUGAGUUUAGAGAUGGUGGGUUCCACUUUUUUUUGUUUAUAUUGAUUGGUGUUUAGUAUGGAGCCUGCACUUUUUUUUUUUUUUUUUAAAUAUUGGUUAGUGAAAAGUAUGAGGCCACACUUUUUUUUUUAUUAUUGGAACGGACGACGAAAAGGUUGGGCCAACCGGCUCUUCUAUAUAGGUAAAAUUUGUAAUAUUUAAUGUAACAGCCACUCAACAUAUACUCCAUGCUAAAUCAGACUUGGUUACACAAGUUGGAUGGAGUAGCAAUAGAUAUUUGUCUUUUAUCAGCGUGAACACCAAAUUGGUCUAUAGUAUAUGGAAACACAUUUAACUUGAAUCCAACUGCAACUAGCUAUUACCAAUGAAAAGUUGGCUUUUACUUCUCAGACACCUUUUUUUGUUCUCUGGUUCUUUUUUCACCCUUUUUCCUGUUUCUCUCAAUCUAAUGAAGUGGGCAUUUGCUGUCAAUUUUAAUUUACUGAUUCUUCUUUCCUUUCUUUAAUUUGUUUUACCCACCCGAUAAAUACAUUUAUACAGUAAUAUACUUCAUUGGCUGCCAGAUUCUAUGGAAAGGGUACCACUUGUUUGAUGGCCAUUUUUUCCGAACUAAGAAAAUGAAUAUAUAUCUACAAGACGAGCAUAGAAAGUGUGUUUAACCUUAAAACGUAGAACAGUUAAAUUUAUACGAGAUGCCAAAGAUAUGUGACUAAAUUCAAUUAAAGAUUUAAAUAGCGAGAUGUGUAAAGAAAGCGGACAAAGAAUUAGAUCUAACAAAGUGAUGGAUACGUAUGGCCUCGGGCUAAGAGACCGAGGUCGAUAUUCUUUUCGUUACGAGCUCUCACGAGGUACAAAUAAAAUGAAACUCAAGAACAGAUGGGCAUUGAUUUGAUAAAAUUCUUAUGAUUGUUGAUAUGAACUACUUCCCUCCUUGCUGUUGCCAACCCCCUUCAUGGAUGAUGACCUCCUCUUUAUAUAGUAAAGGAGUUUCAAACCUAGUGCAAUUCUAAAUAAAACAAGUAAAUCUGGUGACAGCUGUAUCGCCGAGAUCGACGUCGAAAUAUCUGGGUGAGGACGGAUAUUUCGGUCUUCUGUUAAUGGCAAUCGAUCGCCCUUCCUUUAUCGCCUCAUCCUUGCCGAGCUCGAGACCUCGUUCCUGGUGAGACGGUCAUGUUGUGUCCGAGCAUAAUCAUGACAACGGGAAAUCGAGCGUGCAUGUGUCCUCGGUUUUACCCGUAUACAGAUAGUCCCCCCAUUUCUUGAGGUGCAGUUACUAACGGCGGGGAAUGGAUCCUUAACAAACUGAGCAGCUGCCUUUAAUUACCCGGUAUGGAACGUUUAAGUCAAAUCUCACUCUGCCCGAUGCUGGGUCAUUAUUACCCAGCCGCCAAAUCUUUUUGGGGAAUCCUCCUUGUAUCAGAACUCUUGAUAUGCUACAGGAUCUCUUAAAUCUCCUUCUAUAUAAAGCCCAUGCCUUCUUUCUUUCCCAUGCAUCCUCACUUCUCUAAAUCUCACUUUGUUCCUCCUCUAAACCUACUGAUAUUCCUGCAUUGAUCCCAUAAGACUCCUCGAAUCUUCAAUCUUUUUGUUCCACUGUUGAAGAUACGCUUUGUUAAGGAGAACCUUCCACGAUCAUGGCCUACGUACUGUUACUGACUCAGGGUGAAGCUCAAUCUUCAUUCAUGCCAUCGACUGGAGCCGAUGGUCCUGAUAGAGAGUUAGAAUCUAUUGCUGCGGGUAUUGUCCCGUCGGGUUUUAUUUACGCGAAUGACUGCAAAGUCCUUCACCAUCUUAACCCGGUGAAAGAUUUCGAAUCUUAUAUCGAUGAUAGCGCCAUUACCAUGGUCAGGGAAGAUUGCCAUCUAGGUGCAGACGUUGACCUUCCCGACGGGGAGGGUGUGAAAAUAACUCAUCACGUUCUCGGUUACUCGUUGUUGUACACGUAUCCUUUUGCCAUAGGGUUCGUCCUCCCCGUUCAUAGAAUAAUCGAGGACUUUUGAUGUCGAUAUAGAGAAUGUAUUGGGCAUAUCGCCCCGCAAAUUUAGAGGCUCGUGUUCUACAUUGAGAAGUUGGCCAACACUGCCGGAGUCGCUUUUACCCUCGAUCACUUGCUUCAUUUAUAUAUACCUCAGGUGAUCCGAGGGGGAAUUGUCCAGUUGAUUCCCAGGGGAAGUCGAAGCCUCAUUGACCCUGAAGACGAUUAUGAUUGAGGAUGGCUUAACCGGUUCGUGAUGGUACGCACGGUUCAACUGCACCGCCCAUCAUCUGUCGAUUUUCCCCAAGUGUAGAACCCUUCAUUGAACCCAGUUGAGCCCACGCUCGAAACUGCUAUUUUUGAGUGGGUGAUUGCCCUUCUCAGGGGCUCGUAGCUUAGGGCGUUCUUGGAGAAGAAUGGCACCCGAAGGGUGGAAAGGCAAGGACCAUGGUAACUUCUUUAUCUGAACGUUUUGAUCCUUAUUUCUCUGUAUCAUAUCUUAACUCAAUAUCUUUGGUUUCCAGAACUUCACCGAGGAGGGCUCCCAAAGGGAAAUCGGUAACCGAGGACAUAGUUCGGGGAAGAAGAACACCUGCUCCACUGAGGCCACCCAGACGUUUGGAGGCCGACAGUUUUCCCGUUGUGUAUUCGGGGGUUGGAUCCCGAGUUCGAACUCGCCAUAUUAUGGGGACUCGCUGGGAGAUGCCUUUGGGUGAAAACACACCAGUGAUCGUACUCGAUGAGGAAGAUUUGUCGGAACUGGAUAUCCCCGGGUCGUCUACCUCUGGUGCAAGUCGUGGGGACAGCUAAUCGGUAUCACCCGUCAUUGCCGCAUCCCGUGGAUAUAUAAUACGCUCAAAUUACACCUAUUAAUGGCGUAAAGCGGACGUUGUCAAAUAUAGUAACCCAACAAGGUUGGGGUCGAAUCCCACAGGGAAUAUGGAGAGAAAAAGAGUACUAAUCGUAUGCGAUACCAGUCUUUAAAUGUUUUAAUCCUAUUCCGGAUAGUUUGAAUUGAUUGUUGAAUAAUGUAAUUGAAUACUUUGACUUAAAAUGUAAUUAAUGUGAGAGAGAGACUAAGGUUGUGUUCCCCAAUUUGAUUAGAUAUUAUGCUUCAGGUUUCAAUGUGAUAUACUUCUAAUGGUUGUUCUAUGAAUAUGCACUUGGUCUCUUAAGGACUUCUUAAUGUUUCCCAACAGUUAAGCAGUAUUUCCUCUUUAUGAUUCUUCCGAAUAUAAAAGAGUUACAAUCGAAGAGCGACCAAUAAUGCCAAUUUAGACUUAUUCUUAUUCCUAAGUUAGUCUAUUAAACGAGGGUUAACGCUUCGAGUCAUUGUUAUUCAAUCUUACCAAUAUUGACUCUCUUUCCUAAGAAAAGUCAAUAUAAUGGCUUCGGCUAAUGCUUGCAAUCAUUACCCAACGUUACAACUCAAAGAUAGAAUAAAUAACAACCAUUAUGCAUAUAUCAAUAAUAGAAACCCAUUCACAUAAUACCCAUCAUGGGAUUCACAACCUUAGAAUUGAAAUUAGCUACUCAUAAUGUUUGUUGACAAAAAAAACUUAAAGAUUAACAUAAUACACUUACAAUGCUAAUACAAUAUGGAAUGGAAGUGAAGUUGUUGCCUUAAAUGCUCAAAACCCUUCAACUAUUCAAUCCUUGAAAUUUAUGCUCUCAAAGGAAAUCUGAUGCCUCCAUUAAAACCCUACAUUAAGUAUUUAUAGGGCCAAAAGUCGUGUCAAGUUUCUGGACAAAAAUACCCCUUCGCGGCUGAGUUACGGACCGUAACACAGGUUACGGACCGUAACACAGGUUACGGACCGUAACACAGGUUUCGUCCUUUUUUGCCUUCAUGUUACGGCUUCAUGUGACGGACCGUAACACAGGGUACGGUCCGUAUCUUCCAGCGUAUCUGGCCUCAGUCUUGUGGGCAAUGAGGUACGCCACGACGUUACUGACCGUAACGUACGUUACAGACCGUCCUUCUGGGUGUAACCUGUGACAAUAAUUUGGUAACUCUCUGGAAAUUUGGCUGGUGUUACGGUGAUAUGUUACGGACCGUAACAUGAGUUACGGACCGUAACACCACACCGUAACACUGAUUGUUUCAGUGAAAACUUUCUGGAAAUUUAGGCCUUGUUACGGUUCAAUGGUACGAACCGUAACAUGAGUUACGGACCCCGUUACGGUCCGUAACAUGAGUUACGGCAUGUUACAGACCGUUAGUUAGCUCCAAUUUGUCCGUUUUUUAGCGUCUCGUUUCAUUUCCGAUCCUUAGUCAACCAAUCCUAUAAAACACAAAAAUAACAUAAGAAACAAUGUAACAACACUUAAAAACAAGCAUCAUUUCUAGUUACAAAGGCAUAAAAUGUGCCGAAAUUCACGGCACAUCAAUAUACUCGGAGAUCUCAUCCUCCGACUUGUUAGCUUGAGCAAGGAUGUGGCUUCCUUACUUUUAUUUUCCAAUUACUGGUCAUAGAGUAGGGUUUCUUCUGCUUAUUUUUUUUUUGUACCGAUGUAUCCGGCACAGUCAGGAUAUUAUGAAAUGGAAAAAAUCUUUAAUGGAAUCUUGCAAAUUGGUUGUUAUUGGACUUUAUCGAGCAUCCCCCGUGUAAUUUUUGGUACCCAAACUUUAGCAUAUGCGUUUGUUGUAUUCGAUCAAUAAUUGUUUAUUCCAUAAUCCGACUGAACCCGAUGUGUUUUGCUACCGGUUUGAAUUUCAUAGUCCAUAAACAUUCAUUCCAUAAUCGAGCAUCCGGUUACUAAACUCGGCCAUGACCGGUUCGAAACAACACCCUUUGCGAGAUAUUCGGAAGUUUUACUUGAUCAUGGAGAGGUUUGUAUGAGGUUCCAAUCUAGGUCCCUUCGGAAGGUCGAUCUGUUCGAGCACGAUCAGUUGGUUGAGUAGACCCCCCCGGUUGCUUCUCUCGUACGCUUCCCAUGAUCAGAUAGGAUCCAGGUCACAUCCAUCACAUCCGUUUGACAUCGACACGUGUCAAAGCCCCGUUGGCUCUGAAAGCGGUUGUAGAAGAUCGACUGUCUCGGUCCCACUCUAUAAAAGCAAGUUUUUUUUUUUUUUUUUCACUUUUAGAUUUUUACCAAAGAAUUUUUUUACCUUCGUGUGCUCUGAAUACUUUGAUCUUGAUAUCUUCAAACCUUCAAACCUCCAUAUCUUCUUCUUAAUUUCCGUUCCAAUCUUCAAACCUUCAUUUUAGACAUUUUUAUCUUCAUACUUUCAAAAUAAUGAGCAAAUAUUUAAAGGCUAAGGCCGGUGAGACAUCCUCCGCUCCUAAACCAGAGCCGCUGCUUACUAACUUCGUUCCUCAAGACUGUUCAACAAUUCGGGACUUCAAAGUCGAGAAACCUUCUGAACAGGGGGAUCGAGGUGUUGAAAUAUCAGCCUAUCUGUGCACGAUACCUCUGAAUAAACUCGAACAAGUCAAGGAAGAUUAUGGGUGGAAAAGGAAGGAGGUCGUUAUUCCCGACCAAGUUUAAGCCAUAACGACCCACGUAGAUGGGUACUUGAGUAUUUAUACCUACCCUUUCACCUUCACCACACUUAACCCUGUGGUGGUCGAUUUCUGCAAGCGGUACGAUAUCACCCUCGGCUAAAUUCAUCUGUCAUUUUGGAGGAUCGUUGUGCUCCUUGGUUAUUUUGCUACAAACGUGAACAUUCCGUUCACGGUGCAACACCUUCUUGGCCUAUACAACCCCCGCGUCUUCAAAGGGGGAAUGAUAAAACUUUCUAAACUAGCUACAAAAGCGCCUUUCUCCGAUUUAGAUGAAGAUAAGGACCGAGGCUGGCAGGGCAGGUUUGUUCGAAUCAGGACAGCGGAUCUGAUCUCUGCUGACAAAUUACCGUUUCCCGAGAAAUGGAACCCAAAACGUAAGUAAAUUUACAUCGAUGUGAUUCGGCCGUAUGCUCGCACCGAUACUGAACUUUUUAUUUGUUCGUAUGUAUGCAGCGCUGAUUCGAACCCUUGGUGCGGUUCCUAACCUCGACCAAUGGAUUGGGAAAAUAUGUUCGCAACUCACUUACGCCGAACACACCUGGAGGCAUUUAUCCCAGUCCCAUUGGGAGGCUGGGACCCACGGUAAGUCUUUUCCUUAAAGCGUUGACCUUUCUACCCUGUGUAGUAUGCCACAUUAGUUAGGUAAUGACUGUUCUUCCCUUUGUUUCAUAGGCUUGUCAAUGGCCACCAGAAUUCGGGGCUAGAAAACUGUCGAGGCCUCAGCUGAUGAGUAGGAUAUCGAAGCUCCCGAUCAGGGAGACCUGGUUGUAAGGAGGAAAAGAAAAUCCUCUGAGUCAUUUCGAGCUCCGUCCUAGGCUAAGAAAAGAUUGAGGGACGUCACUUGAGAGGCCUCAUCAGAGGAUAUCUCGGCCCGUGCUAUGGAUGCUGAGGUCGUUGGUCAAUUGUUGGACCAUUCAGAAGACGAUGAUCAGGUUUUGGGUGGGCAUCGUCUUAUUGAUGAGCUCCUCGAGCAUGAUUUGACUGGUUUUGUUGUAGUUACUCCACCGUUGGUGGGAAGUUCAAGUUGAAUUCCGAGUGAUAUCUCGAAGUCAACGGAUGCCGGGAUCUUCGGAUCGAAAGUUGGGGUCUCUGAUCAUACUUCUACCCGAAGUACUGAAAAAUUGCCAGCCGCAGCUGCUGGAUCGAGGGCAACUUCAUCGAUAUCAGGCUCUAAGGUACCUACUAUCCCGCCUUUGUACGAUAUUGGCUCCGUUCUCUCGAUACAAGUUGUGGCCUCAUCUGAAACGAUAAUUUGCAUACAGGAUUCUCCGCCGCCAUUGGUGGAUAUUCCUGCCGAUGAUGAAAAAGCCAAAGGCGAGGUGACCGAGCAAAGGGCGGCCGGUCAUGGGGAUUACGAAAUAUUUGCUCCGGGUAUGUCGUGUUUCAAGAAUUUGCCCAUCCCUAUAGCAGAGCGUUUCGGGGUUAAUUCUGGCCGCAAGUUGGAGAAAUCGUUUCCUGCCCCUAGUGUCGGCCCGAGUAGGAAGAGGCUAAUUACUUUUAAGGUGCCGACCGAUAUGAACAUGUUAUCAGGUCCUGUUGGGGUAUCCAGCUAUCUGUAUCCUUUGGUAUCCCAAGAGGACCAUAAGAAAAUGGCCGAAGUCGAUGAAUCGUGCCUGUUCAACGAGGCUCAGCACGCAUUGAAUCGGGCCUCCGUGCUUCACCAUGCAAGCUUCCACCGGCUUAGGCAUGAAGUGGGUCGACUCAAGGAGGAGCUCGAAAGUAAGAGUCAGGAGGUGGACGAGUUCAUGACUCUAUAUGAAAAUAAAUUGCAAUAUAUCCCGUCUCUCCUUGAUCUUUCCAUCCUUAUAUCGGAUUUAGCAGCAGCUCGAAACGAAGCUGCCGAAGCCAAACGGGAACAUGACCAGUUGGCAGAGAAGGCCCGAGCUUAUGUUAGCCAGAUUGAUCAACUCCGGGCAGAGCUUGAUGGGAUCAAACCCGAGUUUGAUUCCCUCCACGAAAUAACCGUCGGUGCUGUGUCCGAAUGUGAUGUUCUCCGGGAGCAGCUUUGGUCAUCGGAGGAACAAAUUAACGGCCUUAGCGCAUCACUUGCUGCGACCGAGGUGGAAAUGAUCGAUUGAGCCUGGUCAUCGCCGAUCUGCAAGAUGAGCAUGGAAAGGCUCUUGAUCAGAUCUCGGGUUAUGAUGAUAUGUUAGAGCAGUACAAGGCCGAUGUGAUUGCUGCUGAUAAGGCCAGUAAUCUUAGAGCUGAGCACGAGCGGUGCUUGUCUCGAAGAAAUACCCUCGAAGAAGUUCAAGCCACUGGUGUGGACUUAUCAAAGUUGAUCGAGGAAGCAAAAGAGCUUGAAGCGGAAGCAAAGGCUGCGUUCGACCCCGAGGAUUUGGAUAUCGAUCUCGAGUUAGCCGAUAAAGAGGCCGAGGGGUCGGAUGAAGAGUAGGUUUGGGGCCUCGCGCCCCCUCUUUUGUUUUUGCAUAUUUGUUUUGAGGCCAUUGUCCGAGCCUUUGUAAAUCUAAUUUAUAUAUGAAUUAAUUGAAAUUUGUGUUUAAUUUUUGCAAAGAAUUUCCACGUUUCAGUGUUUUAC